AUGCCAAGCAGCAAAGGCACACCCACCGAUCCCGAACUUCGCGAGCAUCUCAAGGAAGAGAUCCAGCAAGAGCCCAAUAAAUCCGGAGAUGGAAAAGGACAGUGGGCAGCUUGGAAGGGCAUGAAGCUGGCCAAAGAGUACGAGGCGCACGGCGGUGGUUACGAGAACGAGCCUGGCUCCAAGAACGAACCGAAGACGGGUGCGCCCGUGGCCAAGACGGAGAGCAAGAAGCAGGAGGAGUUGGAUGAUUGA